AUGGAGGACUAUCAAAUGAGUGAUGGAUACCGAAAGAAGUCUUGUCUACCUUCCGGGGAGAUGACGGGUUCAGACACGGAAACAGAGGAGACACCAAGAAGAGAAACUAUCCAAGUUGCUACAGUAGGCUUGAGUAAGGCACGUGAAGCAUUAAAAGCGACACCAUUCUUUAUGCCGGAAUCAGAGGUACAAGAAGAAUCGACGAAAACAGGAUUUUACCUGAAAGUAAAGUCGAAGUCCGACCAAACAGUAGUUGACAGAUCGAUUGCACGCACAGGAUGUUGGGCUACUGUUGUUUCGAGGAAAAAAGGUAAAAAGAUGGUGCAACAUGAGACGGUUCCACCUAAAGGAGGGGCAUUGCUCACAGUGCCGCGGUCAGCAGCAGUACUGGUGACAUUAGAAUAG